CAUUAGUUCCGCUUUGGUCUUUGGUUUGGUCCGUCCUCUUUGGGCGUUACACCGUCAUGUCCAUGCAGCGGUGAGUAUGUUGUGACCGCUGUGUUAAAACAGCCGGUGAUGCCUUUAAAUCAAUCCCGCGUAGCGCCUCGCUGACAGCGGGGGUCCUGGAGCGUGACAGGCCGCCAUGGCUCGGGUGGUUAAAGUGUUUCGGACUCUGAGGAACCACUGGAAGAAAUCCACGUUAGCUGCGUGCGUCCUGUCCUACGGAGGCUACUGGCUGUACGGCAAACACUGUGACAGCGUGGUGCGCAGAGAGGCCUGUCAGCUGGCCAGAGAGUUCGGACGCCAGCAGAUAGCGCCUCAGGAGCGGCUGAAGAAAGCCACUGUGAUUCUGAACCCUGCAGCUCAUAACGGGAAAGCCAACAACCUGUUUGAAAAGAACGCGGCUCCUAUUUUACACCUGGCCGGCGUGGAAAUUACCGUGGUGAAGACGGACUAUGAAGGGCAGGCUAAAAAGCUGAUGGAGCUGAUGGAGCAGACGGACAUGUUGAUCGUUGCUGGAGGGGACGGCACGCUGCAGGAGGUCAUCACGGGUUUACUGCGCAGGCCGGACCAAGAGGCCUUCAGUAGAACGCCAAUUGGAUUCAUUCCUCUGGGUUCCCAUAAUUCCCUGAGUCCAUCGCUUCAUUUCCUCCGUGACGACAAGGUCAAAGACAUUACAGCAGCGACGCUGUCCAUCCUGAAUGGAGAGACCGUACCUGUGGAUGUGCUUCAAAUCAAAGGAGAGAAGGAACAGCCAGUCUUUGCUGUGAUCGGGCUGCGCUGGGGCGCUUUCAGAGACGUGGCAGCAAAGAUCAGCAAAUAUUGGUACCUUGGACCACUGAAGACUAACGCAGCUCAUUGGUUCCACACCCUGAGGGAGUGGCCUCUGGUCCAGGACGUCUCGGUUUCUGUCUUGGCUCCCAGACUUCGCCCCCCCGAUCUGUCCCCUCAGAAGCCUCCCAGGCCCAAUCUGCUCAGCCGCAUCAUCCGCAGACUCAAGAACUACUGGAACCCCCCGGCUGAAGAGCCUCCAAAGACAGAAGAGCCAGAGAAGUGGGAGGAGCAACAUCUGUCCACACCAGAGCUCUAUAUUCAAACCCACAACAAAAACCCAGUGGAGCGGCGGGUGAACGACUCUCUGAUGAUCUGUGCUGAGCCAGAAAACGUCAGCGUGGGCGACUUCAUCGCCGUCGGGAAUAAAAAAGCGAAAGAUCCAACAGCUUUCACUGAGAACUCUAUAAAACUGGAAGCCGGGGCCUGCCAGCUGAAGCUGCCAGAGGGCAGCGCCGGCUUCUAUAAUAUCGACAACGAGGAGUACGAGGCGAUGCCCGUAGAGGUACGGCUGUUGCCAAGGAAACUGCUCUUCUUCAUCAGCGCGGAGCGAAGAGAGCAGCUCCUCUCACAGCAUCAGUGACGACUAAACAACCCCGGGAGGAAGAAUCAAAAGGACCGACUUCCACAGAAACACUAGGAGUCAUUUUCAGUUUUUCACGACCUUUUUUAAUGAUAUUAUUUCAGGUUUCCUUCACUAUGUCACCAUUUGGAUCUAUUUUAACUCGCAUAGAUUACAUAAAACAUGUUGCAUGUUAUAGGACCAAGACUCUAGUGUGUCUUUAACCUAAAUUCAUGGCUUAAAAUUUACAAACGGGUGUAAAAAUAAAAAGCUCUUCUGUCCAUUUCCAUGUGA